CUGUGGGUUCCAUUGAUGGUUCUGGCUUUCUCGAUGGCAUUACCCGUGAUGGGUAUCAUAGCGGUCACGGAAAGUUUCAACGAAAAGCGGAUGUGUAAAAACUACAUCAAAAAUAAGAAAGCAUUCAUGGACAAAUGGGCUGAUGAAGUUUUAUUGAGGGUUUCACGGGAAGCAAUAGCAAGCAAACUAGAAAUGACAUAUCUGGAAUGUUUUUACAAAUGUUUGGAGCAGCUUUGUGAUUCUGUCAUCCCACGCCAGAUCGAAUCGGACCGUCAGUUGAUUGCUAAUAUUCAGCAGGAAGAGCGACACUCAUCAACGAUUCGUCGGCAAUAUUAUCCGCUUAAGGAACGAUGUCAGUAUAUGACUGGUAAACUGCUACUCGUACAAAUGGAAUACUUUUAUGAAGAUAAUAUUGUAAACAAGAACUUCACCAAGGGAGAGGAACUUGGAAAAGGAUCUUUUGCAAUUGUGUACAAAGCUGAAAUUGUUAUUGGAGACGAGCGGAAGUCUGCAGCAGUUAAAUGGAUGAAAAAUGCCCUAGAGGACUCCGACUCUUGCUACUCGCAAUUGACAGAGGUAUCAACGCUCCUCAAAUUUUCCCACGAUUGGAUUGUGAAACUGUUCGGAAUUUCCUACGAGGAGGUCGGCUCACACAAUCACCUCCAGAUCAUCAUGGAGCUCUGUGACUUCACUCUGUCCUCGCAGAUCUUCCCUGGAAACGACGGCAGUCCCGCCCCUGUAGCGUCAUGUAGUCAGUUCCCCCUUAAAUCUGACGAGAUAAAACCUUCUAUGGAAUUCUUCAAGAGGGUAUCGACGGAUGUUUGUAAGGGGCUGGUAUAUAUACACAAGAAAAACUUUAUCCACCGAGACCUCAAGCCCAGCAAUAUUCUGCUUCAAGGAAAACGUGCCAAAAUAGCUGAUGUAGGUCUGACGAGGGAGACGGACCUUAUCGAAGGGGAGUCAAAGGGCACUCAUUGUUACAUUGCCCCCGAGGUGAUCUUGAUGAAGCUGUACAGCACGGAGGUCGAUAUAUACAGUCUUGGUAUACUUCUGUGGGAGUUAUGGUACGGUGCCAAGGCGUACGAGCAGGAUGGUAUUACUGAAGACCGGAUCUUUGAGCUAUUUGAGCAAGUCAAGGCUGGACACAGACCGAGCUUCUACCAAGGACUGUCCCCACCGCCUGACUUACAGAAACUGAUGGAACAAUGUUGGCAUGAGGAUAUUAGAUGCAGACCUCAGGCAGGAAAAGUUUUCGAUACAGUCAAGGAUCAGAGUUUUUUAACCAGAUUGGAUUGAGUGCCAAGCUUUGCGAUGUUGAUGCAAUACCUUCUGUAUUACAGAUGCUGAGGAAAACGUGAAAGCAUGGAACAAUGGUAUUACGCUGGAAAAUUGUACGAUGUUUUAAAGACGAAAUUGAGAUAAAAAUGACCAAGCUAAAGUCAGCUAAAGUAACGCUUUCCUCCUUACUGGAACUGGGAAAAUUCUGUUAGCAUGGAUAUUUUGUUGACCUUUAUCAAAACAUUGAAAGGGAAAGUUAAGUUUUAGUCAAAUAAUAAAUAACUUUUUUUUUGCCGACCUUUAUUAAAACAUUGAAAGGGAUAAAUAACUUCUCGGUUUCUGCAGAUGAUUGCCAGUGUUUUUUCUGAACAAACUUCCCACUCUAUUGGUACACAUUUUUCCAUCGGUGUAGACUGAAGAUGGAUUUUUUUUAAUAAAAAGAUAUUUUAUAAAAUUUUAAAAGUUUGCUCAAUCAAUGAUUGCCUUGCUCAUAGUUCACACGUCCAACAUUGUCCUCUUAUUCAAUAUUGGGACUUUGCAUAAUUAAUAAUUCGAAAAAUAAUCACUAGAUAUGAUGAAAUGAUGCUACGGAAAUAUUUUAAAUAGAAAGUUUAUAGAAAGUUUAUAGAAAGUUGAACGCAUGGGCGUGCACGUACAAAGAUUCUCUAACGUAAUGUGGGGUAUUCUGGCGCCUGUUGACAUACAUGUACUUAUCAAGUGCCAUGCGUUUUCAACCAUACACCAACAUGCUGGCCACAGAGAAAAGCUUACAGCAUAGAAUGAAGCUGAGAUAUCACUACUCUCGAAAACAGCGUUUCAAGGCAAGACGUUUAUAUAAGGAGCUAUAACUGAUCAAUAAUUUAAUCAGUCUCGUAUGUUUCAUAAAUCCAAAAAAUCCAUGUUGUGUUGUUGUUGACAUUUCCUAGAUGUCAAAAUAAGUAGCUUGACAAAAAAACAUUCCACUCUCGGUAAUGAUUAGAGAAUUUCUACUUCAACUGCGCUGGUGAUUUACGCUUUGUAUAGGAAAUUUAAUUUCUAUCAAUAUCUAGCGUAAUUUAACCAGAAAUGAAAAUUGCACUAGAUCCCGAACGAAGUAAUAUUUCACUGACACAAAGCGUAUUUUGUGAUGAGUCGUCUAUCCUGUAACGACAGUGUUUAAAUGGUUCUCGAGUUAUCUGACUAAUCGUCAAAAAUCUGUUAUCUUUGGGAAUAAUGCUUCUUCUCUAAAAUGUGUAUCUGUGGGUGAAUCGCAGGGAUCUGUUCUUGGUCCUCUGUUGUUUUUAUUUUACAAUAAUUUGAUCUUGUUGAUCCUAUGAAAACAUUUACUAGGCUCUUUGUCCAUGAUUCUUCUCUCCAAGAUCCUUCUGCAGACUUGAAUGUGAUCGACAUAAUCUAUACCAUGAUAUUCAAAGCUUUGAAUUGUUCAUCUUGUCCACUUGAUAUAAAACCUAGCCUUGCUUGUAGUAAAGAACCGCUUCCUUUCACGAACUCUCGUUGUCAUCUUGGAGUGUUUCUUAGUAGUAACUGCAAAUGGCAUGACCAUGUGCAUCAAAUUAUCAAAACAGCUUCUUCUAAAGUCUCUGCAUUGAAACAAUUGAAAUAUGAAGUUAGUAAGGAUACAUUAAAUACUAUAUGCAUAAAGAACUUUGUGAUAAAAGU